AUGGGCCAGGGGCCGAGUCGAAGUAUCCCGUCUGCUGCAGGCCGCCGCGCGCAAUCCAAAUCCACUGCCACCGCUGCGACUGCGACUGCGACUGCGACUGGUUUGAUGACCAGCAGGACGACGCCAUCGCGCCAUGCAGACACAACCGCGAUGAGCACGACGGCCAAGCGGAGAGAGCUCAACCUGCGCUUCCAGCGAGCCGUGAGCCAGCUCUUCGCGUCCGACCAGGACCUCUCGUGCGUGUGCGAAGAGUAUCUCCGAAACGCAAAGGAACUCUGGCCGCCCGUGCAUGUCCUCGACGGCGACUCGGACGCGGACCAAGACGACGACGUCGACGACCACGACAAUGAAGUGGACGUCCAAGAGUCCGGGCGCUCUGUUCGUGCUCCAUCUGCGAGCAGCGUUGAGCGACCGAGCAAGAAGCCUCGCAUGGAGGAAUUAUCGUCAUCAUCUUCAUCAUCCUCAUCAUCAUCCUCAUCCUCAUCGUCGUCGUCAUCCGAGGGCGAUGAGAAGCAAUAUCUGCCACUGACACAAGCGUCGUCAAGUUUGACGCCGUCGACCACAAGAACGGUGCAACCAGCCAUCACUACUGCGGCCGAGUUGUUGCUGACGGCAAGAUCCACGCGCAAUCAUGCAGGUGGUGCGAGCGAGAAGGUCCUCGUCACACGACUCAGCCCGCUGUUUGUGCUGGCCGGGUUUCUGAACUUUGCCUACGAUGAGCGCACGGAGGGUCCGCUUGCCGCCCACGCGAAUCUCUUGCAGCAUGCCACGUUUGACGUGGAAACGUGGGUGCACUGGCCGCGGGACUGGAUCCGACACGCUGCUGUUUGGCUGCCCAAGACUCUGGGCGACGCAGACGAGCUCGAGCUGUUCGCAGAGGUACUUCCCGAGAUUGGCUUGUCGCUGCAACUGAAAACCUUCUACAACGGAGGCGAAGCCGUUGCAACACACAGGAGCACGCCGUUUCCUCGGCCGCUUGCCUUCCUCGUACUCCACCCGUCUCUCGGCUGCAUUGGCGUGGUUGGAUUGAAGAGGGAUUGGAUUCUAAUCGAUGGGAGACCAGGCCCAUUGGUUUAUCCAGGCUCCGAAAGCCGAGUUUGCACGUUUGACAGCCUGGAGAAUGCCUAUCGCGCCGCCAUUCUGCUUUUUGAUGGCGUCCAAUCGCAAGUCCGCGAGAUGGUCGUGCUCUUGCCAAACACCGCUCCGUUGGGUGAAUUCCCAGUCUUUGCCAACAACAAGAACAUGGAACCGAAGGCGGCCUCAACAACAACCACUUCUCGACAUGCACCCGCCACCACUCUCCCGCAAACGCCUCCUCGUGCCUCUGAUGCCAGCCAGUCAUCCACACCCCGAGAACCUGCGACUCCGCGCUCGAUCGCCGCACCAACCUCCUCGUCAUCGCCAGCACCAAAGGCAGGUGUAUUAUCUCCUCGCGAUCGCAAUCACCAGCCGCCACCAAUACAACUACACGACGACGACGACGACGACGACUUUGAUGGCGUUGACAUUGAUCACAGCGACCGCAGUGAUGGCAGCGGCGAUGAAUCCGACGUGUGGAAUGAGUGUUCGGACAGAGUCGGGCGCCGACGAACGCCGUCUCCGCCCUCGGCUGCCCCGCCGCGACAAUCGGCAUCCACCACGCCCUCAUCCCAGUCGUCAGUUUCAGCAACAGACACCCUUUUGGCCAGGGAACUCACGCCAAAGGAAUUUGAACUACUUGACGGCUCUGGGUGGCUGAAUGACCGUCUGAUUGACGCGUACGGAGAGCUCCUGUGUCACGGAACACCCGGGUUGCACAUUGCCACGACGUUUUUCUUUACCAGACUGCAAAAUCGGGGCAUCUCGCAUGUUCGCACGUGGGAGACAUCCAUCCGCAUUGGUCUCACUGCACCGAACGCGCAAGCGCGACUGGACGCUCUGUCUUCCGAGGCAGACGGCGGCGCAAAGCCAAAGUUCAAACAUCCACGAGUGCCCGACCGUGUCAUCAUGAUCCCCAUCAAUCGAGACAAGGCACACUGGGGCCUAUUGGUUAUUCUGCCAGAGCAAGCCCGGGUCGAGUACUGGGACUCGCAGCACAUGUCUGGCAACGACCCGCUGAAACUCAUCGAGCGUCUCCUUCGUCUAUUGCGUCCAGACGUCAAGAAUUGGGAGCUGGUUGAUUGCGCGAAAGCGGCGAAUCCCACAGCACGCACACCCGUUCAGCAAAACGGAAACGAUUGCGGCGUGUUUGUGCUCGUUUUUGAGCGGCUCGUGCGACGCGCGUUCGUUGCCGGCGAUUUGUUUGUUUCGCAUCAAGCGCAGACGAGCACCAUUCUGCAAACCGUCGACGAUCGGGUGAGCGCCAUUCAGCCCUUCCGGCAGCACAUCCAGUCCGAACUGCGAGCAGCGGAGCUCAACUUUCAAGACGCGUUGUUUUGAUGAAUCGUGUGCUUGUUGAAUGCGCGCAGUGCUGGACACUGCUGGUGCCUGUAUCCUGACAUUAUUUAAUGUACUUUUUGAUUGUG